GCAAACAUCUGCCGCCGGUGUCCGUGUGCGUAGUAGUUUACGUUGCAUAAAUAACUCUCUAUACUACUACUACUCCUGCUACUACUACGACUAGUGUGAAAUCUGCACUGUCAUUUUUGCAAACGUUUUGCCAAGACAUUUGUUUUACAUGUGAAUCUUUCAAAAUGCCAUCAUAUAAAGUGAAGGUUAAGUGGGGGAAAGAAAAAUUUGAAGAUGUUGAGUGCAACAUGGAUGAGCCUCCAGUUUUGUUCAAAGCACAGAUGUUUGCCCUGUCUGGUGUGGAGCCAGACCGGCAGAAGGUGAUGUUGAAAGGAGCUGUCCUGAAGGAUGACGACUGGGGAAAUUUGAAAAUAAAAGAUGGCACUUUAUUUCUGAUGAUGGGCAGUGCAGGAGAACUACCUACAGAGCCUAGGGAAAAGCCCAAGUUUGUAGAGGAUAUGUCUGAAACUCAGCUGGCAUCUGCUCUGUCCCUUCCAGCUGGGCUAAACAACCUCGGGAACACCUGUUAUAUGAAUGCCACUGUACAGUGCUUGCACUCCGUACCCGAACUGAGAGAUGCACUAAAAAGGUAUCAAGGCAGGCCUGCAGACGCUAGCAACCCAGCCGCAUCUAUAACGGCGUCGCUGAAGGAUCUGUUCGAUACACUGGAGAAGACGUCUCAGGAUCUGCCACCGAUAGUUCUUCUGCACUUCAUGCAUCUGGCAUUUCCGCGGUUCGCCGAAAAAUCCGAGCAUGGAGGAUUCCAGCAGCAGGAUGCAAAUGAGUGCUGGACAGAGAUGGUAAGGGUGCUUCAGCAGCAGGUUCCACUCACAGCAGCAGCAGACGGUACGUUGGUGGCGGCAGCGUCACCGCCAGCUUUCAUGGACCAUUACUUCGGUGGGAAGUUGGAGAGUGUAUUAAAAUGUGUUGAAUGCGACGAGGAGCAGCCCACAACUUCCAAUGAAGAUUUCUUCCAGCUCAGCUGCUUUAUCAGUCAAGAUGUUAAAUAUCUUCACACCGGCUUAAAAUCUAGGAUGGAAGAGAAUAUCACAAAGAUGUCUUCAGUAUUAGGUAGAGAUGCAGAAUAUCACAAGACAUCACAGAUAUGCCGGCUGCCAGGCUAUCUCACCAUACAGUUUGUGAGAUUUUUCUAUAAGGAGAAAGGUGCUAUAAAUGCAAAAAUACUGAAGGAUGUGAAAUUUACGAUGAUGUUGGACGUGUUUGACCUGUGCACGCCGGAGUUACAGCAGAAGCUAAUCCCCUUGCGUACCAGAUUCAAAGAGCAAGAGGAUAAGCAGCUAGAGCUAACUGCAAUCAAGAAAGACAAGAGCGAGGUCAAGGAAGAAACUAUGGAAGUCGACAAAGUUGAGAAAAAGACUCGAAGCGAGCCGUACAGCUUUGAAGAUGAUGUCGGUUCCAACAACAGCGGCUACUAUGAACUGCGGGCGGUGCUGACCCACAAGGGACGGUCAAGCUCUAGCGGUCACUACGUCGCCUGGGUGCGGAAAAGCAAGAGCGAAUGGACGAUGUUUGAUGACGACAACGUGUCUGCCGUCUCAGAGGAGGACAUCUUGAAGCUUUCCGGAGGAGGUGAUUGGCAUACAGCUUAUGUUCUACUAUAUGGGCCGAGGAUUCUGGAAGUUGAGGAAGAAUGAACUUACUAAGUGUGUAAAAUUGUACUAAGCUGUGCAAGUCUGUUAAUAGGGGAAGACAACCUAUGCAAAUGUCAGCGAUUUUGUAUUUAGUUGUCAUACAAGACGUGUGUUUCAUUUGCCUUACCAAUGAAAUCCAAGUACAUUUUAGCUAAAAGGUGAAAACAUUUCAAAUACAUUUCUCUGUGUUGUAUGUAUUAUAAACUAUGGUGGUUGUCAUAAGUAGCAGUGAUGAAAAUCGGCAGAAUUUUUCACUGGUAUCUGUGACAGAUAUUGGUGUUAUAUAAUAUCUGUUAUGCCUGUGAUGUAAAAUUACGGAAUCUGUGCAAAUGUUAACUUGCAAUUGCUUGGACUGGAAACAUUGCUAUCGUACAUGCACAGACUCUCCUGGUAUUUUAACAUGCAUGAUAAUUGCUGUUCCUGAUAUCGUCACGACUACCCAGUUGAUAUGUCACCAUUGCAUCAGUGCCAAUUGAUCAAUCGAUUUUAAUUUUAAAUUAAAAUGGCAUUAACGAAGCCCAAUUUUAUCUGCAUGUAUAUGCCAAGUUGUUCAAAUUCACAGAAUUUCUACCCACAGUACAAAUAUUUGAAGCUACUUGGAACAAACAGUUUGGUAGCUAUAGUUGCCUGCUUUCUUGUAUUUGCAAGAAUAAAAUGUAUUAGACAUAA